AUGCACCCAGAGAUACCCACGAGAACCACAAGGCAACUGAGCCACACUGCUUUCUAUAGACAGAAAUUCAGUCCGUCUGAAAUCACGACCACGUACCCAGAUAACCCACCAACUCAACACACAGCACAACCACCCUGGACUCACAGCCCACACGUGGGCGUUCAGCUGCUGCCUUCACAACUAAUGGCAACGGCCACAGUGUUUGUGGCCCAUGUGCCCUCUGAAUGCAUCAAAUUUACCGGUGCCACUGUCUCUAGGAGCCUGGAGCAGAGACCCCAGGCUGGGUCAUGUCACCACACACAUAUCCUCAGUGAGGUAUGUCCCUCGGUGACCCUACUGCUAUCCAGGCAUAAGACUGUCACCAUCCACAGGCCCCCAACCAUCGAACCACACAGCCAGCCCACGUGUGUGUGA